GGAGGGGGAAUGGAAGGGGACUUUCCUGUUUCCGGCUGUCAACCUUACAGCUUGGUAGAGCUGCGUAGAGCACGGGGACGCCUAUUUCGCCGUCGUUGCGCUGUCGUCGUCAUCGUUGUCAUCGUUGUUGCUGUGUUUAUCGUCGUUACACGUCCCCCCCGAGAUCGCGUCUAAAAGCGCGUUAGUGGACAGUCCGGUGGGCGUGGAUGCGUCUCGAUUCGCGACCAGUGAGUAUCCUCGAUUCGCAGACUUGCCGCGAUUUCGCGUCGCCGGGAGCGUCAUUGCAGCAACGCUGAGCGGCUACCCCACAUCGAACGAAAGAUUACAUGAUUUAAGCAGAGCGCAGAUAUUUGAACCCACGUUAACGAUAUCAAGAUGGCUUGGCGUUUUAAAGCAUCUAAGUAUAAAAAUGCCGCGCCGAUCGUCCCCAAGCCAGAAUCCUGCAUUCGGGAUAUUUCCGUGGGAUCUUAUCAAACUUACGGGAAUAAUAUAACAGCGUCUGCGGCAUUCAUGGCAUUUAAUGUGGAUCACAAUGGAUCCAGUUUAGCAGUAUUACCAUUAGAGGACUGCGGUAGGAAGAGUAAGACUAUGCCGUUGCUUCAUGCGCACGCAGACACCGUGACCGACAUGGAUUUCUCUCCGUUUCACGAUGGCUUACUCGCAACUGGCUCUCAAGAUUGCCUCGUAAAGCUGUGGCAUAUCCCGGAAAGUGGCUUGGAAGAGUCAUUGUGCAAUCCCGAGUGUACAUUUUCACACCGCCAACGAAGAGUGGAAACGGUAUGCUGGCAUCCUUCCGCAGAACACCUUCUGACCACUUCGUCGUUCACUAACUUAUCGCUCUGGGAUGUUCUCUCUCAGCAGGAACUCUUUUCUAACAGUGAUCACACAGAAGUGAUUCAGUCCGUGAGUUGGAAGCAGGACGGCACCGUUCUAGCGACAUCGUGUAAAGACAAACAAAUGAGGAUAAUAGAUCCUCGUGCGUCUUUGUGUAUCGUCAACUCGUGCUCGAGCCAUCAAAGUAUCAAGGAUUCCAGGGUAGUUUGGUUGAACAAUAGCGACAGAGUGCUGACCACAGGAUUCGAUGCGGCGAGACUCCGUCAAGUUUACAUCAGGGACUUGAGACACUUGAACGAGCCGGUGAAAACGUUGGAAUUGGACUGCAGCACCGGCAUUCUGAUGCCACUCUUCGAUCCCGAUACAAAUAUGCUCUUCCUUGCUGGCAAAGGAGACACCACCAUCAUGUACAUGGAGGUCAUGGAUAAAGAUCCUUACUUGGUAGAGGGUAUCCGUCACAGCGGUGAGCAAACCAAGGGAGUUUGCUUAGUUCCUAAACGAGCGUUAAAUGUAAUGCAGGCUGAAGUCAACAGACUACUGCAACUCACUUCCAACAUGGUGAUCCCGAUCAUGUAUCAGGUUCCACGGAAAACGUACAGAGACUUUCACGCGGAUAUUUAUCCGGAUACAAGUGGUUGUAUUGCACAGAACAACGCAACGUCAUGGAUUAAAGGUCAUAAUGCUUCCGUGCCAAAGAUAUCGCUAGACCCCGUUAAAAGGAACAAAGGCGAGGAACCGAUUACUGUACACAGAGGGAGCUUAGCGGUGCUCAAAGAUAAUCAACGUGACAUUAAAGUGGAACAGACGAACAGCAGCCGGCAGCCGAAGUCUCUGGUCAUUACCACGCCGAAGGGAUUCUCGAAGGCGCCGCCGCCGCCGCCGCCGGCCGUCGGUCACGCGAACGAAAACGCGGACAACAGCGUCGAGAACGACACCGAGAAGAUCGAAGACGCGAAAAAGGCGUCCGAAGCGGAGGACGACAAGAUUAAGUUGCAGAACGGAGGGCAGACCGUCCCGCCGAAACCGCUGCCCAGAGCGUCAAGAACCAACAGCAUCUCCGAGGACGAGCCGAAGCCGGUGGCGCGUCCUCGUACGUCACCGAAUCCCGGAUCGGUCGUUACGUCGGUGAAUCCUAACGCGAUCGGCGGAUACAAGCCCCGGCUCGGUCCCAAGCCGUUCCAAGCGAAGUCGAGCAGCCAGGAGUUCUCGUUCGACAAGAUCUUCUCCGUGCCGAUCGCACCGAACAACAGCGACGGCACCAACGGCUACCAGAACGAGACGAUCGGCAGCGCAGCGGCGGAGAACAGCAACGCGGAAGCGGACAAAUCGCCGACUUUCGGCAACAACGAGCGGGCGAAGGACGCGGAGAACGGCAAGAGCGAUUCCAGUUCCAUCGAGGAGGACGCGAACUCGAGCGAUUCCGGGUACAAGCCGAAGACACCGAGCACCGCGGAGAGGCGCAAGGUGUUCGAGACGAAGGUAAAGGACGAGUCGCCCGAGAACGAGGACGCCGGCAAUUUCGAGCGCGGCGCGAACAGGAACUCCAUCGCCGAGAGGCGCCGCCUCUACGAGAGCCGCUCCGUCUCGGUCACCGACAGCAAUCUCGCGGAGAAGGCGAUGGGCUCGCCCACCAUGCUGAGGCGCAGGGAUUCCUUCAAGACGAAGAGCGAGGUAAUCAAGGAGGACGAGACGAAGAAGACCAUUCCUAUACUGCGACAGCAAAGCAUGGAUCCCAGAUUGGAGAAGGUGGAGCCUGUUGCGACACCGGCUUCCAAGAGGACCUCCACGGUUUUCGGAAGAGUAUCCAAGUUCCGGCACUUGAAGGGUACUCCGGGACACAAAUCCACGCACAUCGAGAACAUACGCAACAUCAGUCGUCAAAUAUCGGGCGAAUGCGAUGGUUUUCACGCUAACCCCGAUCGAGUGGCUGUGCCGUUGAGCGGCCCGGGUGGGAAGAUAGCGGUGCUCGAGUUGAAGAAAACCGGAAGACUGCCGGACGGAGUUAUGCCGGCGUUAGUGCACGGCACUACCAUAAUGGACUUUCAGUGGGAUCCGUUUGACAAUCAGCGACUGGCAGUUGCGUGCGACGACGGGAUGAUCCGGUUGUGGGAAAUACCGGAGUCCGGCCUGGCGGAACCGACGAACGAGCCGAAGCACGUCAUAGAAGCUCAUACCGACAAGAUAUACUUGAUCAAAUUUCACCCGCUGGCGUCCAACGUCCUCGCGUCCGCCUCGUACGACAUGGCCGUCAAGAUCUGGGAUUUGUUGCUCCUUUCGUCCGCCGAUACGAUAAUAGCCAAAUUUACGCUGACCGGUCAUACGGAUCAGAUAUUCAGUUUGGCGUGGUCACCGUGCGGCCAGUAUCUUGCCAGCACGUGCAAAGACGGCAAGCUGCGAAUCUACAAGCCUCGAUCCAGCGACGUGCCGGUGAAAGAGGGGAAAGGUCCCGUAGGCACGAGAGGUGCGAGGGUCAUAUGGGCGCUCGAAGGCAAAUACCUCGUUGUGAUAGGCUUCGACAAAGUAUCCGAAAGGCAGAUCUACGUGUUCAAGAUGGAUGACUUGAACAACCCUUUGAACACCGUCGGAUUGGACGUUUCACCCGCUAUAUUGAUGCCGUAUUACGACGAGGAUAGCUCGACGCUUUUCCUAACCGGACGCGGCGAUUCUACGAUAUAUGCGUUCGAAGUGACCGAGGAACCACCGUAUUGCUGCCCGCUGAGCCAUCACAGAUGCAGCAGUCUGCACCAGGGCUUGUCAUUUCUGCCGAAAAAUAGAUGUGACGUUGCCAGUGUGGAAUUCGCCUCUGCUUUGAGGCUAACUAAUAAUACGAUAGAACCUUUGAGCUUCACUGUGCCGCGUAUAAAGAGCGAGUUAUUCCAAGACGAUCUCUUCCCUCCGACUAAAGUCACAUGGAAGCCGACCUUAUCUUCUGCUGAAUGGUUCAACGGUAGCAAUAAACAACCAUCUAGAAUAAGUCUCAAACCGCCUGGCAUGGACAAUUUGACCGAGAAUCAAUCACAGAAUGUGGUUACUACUCCUCAAAUUGCGACAAAACCGUCGUCGACCCCGUUUGGUAUUUCCGCGCAACCUUUCAAUAGACUAGGGUGGAAUCCGGACGUUAAAGCGAAACAGGAAGAGAUUCAGAAAACCAUGAGCAACUUUGUGGGAGAUGUCAUCCAAUGUUCGCUAGAGCAAGAUCACAUGGAAGGUGUCGAGGAACACGAAUGGGACGAAUAAAAGUGCAAGACCUGUGGAUAGAAUAUUUAUGUGCGAGCUAGUAAGGCAAAAAGUCUAUAAGUAUGGUUGUUUGAACCGUAAAUUAUUUAUAAGUUAGAAUUAUAUAUCGAAUGGCAAAAAGAAAAGAAAGAAAGAAACAUCGCAGUGUUACUGUGUACAGAACGAGGAGUAAUUGUAGCUGAGAAAUAUACUUCCAAGGAUUUUUUUUUUGGAAGAGGAGAAGAAGGCUAACGAUAAGCACAGUGUUUUAUAUCAAUUUACAAAAAGUGUAAUACUCAUUUUUUUAUAAAUCUAGCUCAAGGUUUUUGUAAGCCACUUGUCCAUGCAUAGAUAUAAGAAUUCAGGCCUUGUUGAGUCGCAUUGAUUUAAAGUGAACAUAGAAACGAAAUGGUCAAGAGAAUUUUUUACCAUGGUGAUGUAACGAAUGCAAUAUUUGAUAGAACACUGUUCUUACGAAGCAUAUGCGUGAUUAUAGCUCUAGUCUUGAGUCGUUUCUUUCUUAUUCUGCUUUUUCAUAUGUUUCUAGCUACACGAAUAAUUUUCUAAUAAUUAUAUACAUAUAUAUAACACAUUUGUAGAAAUUAAAUUAGAGGAUAAUUAUAUUCUAGGAUAUUGCUUGAAUUAUUGUCAAAAGAAUAGAGAAGCUUAUAUACAAUUUGACAAUAGUUUCAUAUCUGUCAUACUUAAUGAGAAUAUCAGUUUGGAAUUUCAGUGGUUUUACACAUCUAUCAUAUUUAACGGAUAUCAGUUUGGAUAAGUAACUCUUCUAUAUAUAUUCAUUACGCUUUCCAAGUACCGAGUGUGAACGAUAUCAAAUGUUUCCGAGACAAUUAUUGACGAGUCUUUCGUUUAAUUAUUUCGCCGAAUUCGCUACUUUGCCUCGGAACGAACAACACUUUCCAUGUUCGCGAGCGAGGAAACACAAUUCAGAAGAUGUGCCAUUUAUAAAGCGACAGAAGUGACAUCCAAUUCUGUUGUUGUAACAAAAGUUUGUUAGCCAGUGUUCAGCUCAGUAUUAUAUCAGUGAUGUUAGGUCUUUAACGUAAUUAUUCCUCGAUAAAGGUCGACCAUUCCAUACUGUGUUUUGAAGUGUACCCAUUGCACCAGUGCCAGAUUUAUUCCCCUUUCGGUAAUGCCAGGUGUCAAUAAUGGUCUCAAUGUAUAUGUCGUAAAUAUAAUCUAUUAUCGUAUGUGUGAUACUAGAGCGAGAAGUGAUGAUGGUCUUGUCCGCAGAAUUGCGGAGCCGAAGUUUUUUACGACAUUUCGUAUCCUCAUACGCACAUAUGAAAGAUUAUACAGGAUAAAUGCUACGCGUAUAAUAAGUAUUAAGUCCGUAAGAGUCGAUAGUUUAAUUGUAUGGCAAGAUAUAUUACGUCUGAUCGAUGUACGCUGAAUACUCUGCAAGAUUCAAACCGACAUUAACACGGAGGAAAUGACUGAUCUUUUGUACUUUUUUCAUCAGAAUAUCGAACACCGUAAUUAAUAUCUCUGGUCUUUCCUUUUUUUCUUUUUUUGGAUGAAUAAAUGAAUAUUUUAUCUCUUUCAUAUAUGCUAUGUAUAUGCAUUAGUCAUAUAAAAGAACAAUUAUGAUAGUACUGUAACCUUCGAAACGAUCAAUCACAUCAUUCCCUUUUUUUGUGAAAGACUUGAUAUCGAUGAUUGACUUUGUUAUCAUAAUUCAUAUCGGCACAUCGCUAUAUUUGAAGACCAAUAUAGAGUGCCAAAAGAAAGAUCCAAUGCAAAUAUAAUGGGAAAAAUGUCUCAAGUUUUUUUUUCUUAUAAUCUUUUUUGUAAUCUCUUUCUUCUAUAUACAAAUGUGUUAUUUUGUAAUGUGCAUAUUUUCAGCUCGUAUUAUAAUAUCUCCUCACACUGAAAAGUAUUGGAAAAUCUUUUAUACGUGUCGCAACAAUAGGGAAUAAGGUAAAAUUUGAUUAAAACUUGUCUCCGCCAUUCAUGUCGCCAAUACUAUUGGUUUUUGCUUUACAGAAUAAAGCAGAUAUAUAAUAUAUAUAUCUGCUAUGUAUUUUAAAAUAAUUAUUUUCAUCGAAUUAUUUUAAAUCUAGCGCGUUAUACAUGCACACAAUUACAGAUUUUACUGUGGAUUAUGAGUAAAUAAUUAUGCAAUCUCUUGCGGCAAAAAGAUUUGAGAUUGAGGUUUAUAUUAAAACGUAUGAGACUGUUACAUUUCUCGCGACUCAAUCCCGAAUCUUUCCUCGAAAAGUAUAAAUGAUUGUUGUUUGAAUAAUUUUAUCAUGUAACAAUGUACCUUUGUAUCAAUCGUAACUUUCAUGUAUUUCAGCUAUAAAACCUUUUUAUUAAACA